AUGCCGGAGCUCUCGGCCUGCGUUGUCCGCGGCGGCCACUGCAUCGGCCUCCUCGACCCGGUGUCCAACAUCAUCCUCAACGCCCUCAAUCUCCUCUGCCGCCGCAGGUGCACCGGCGCUACCACCGGCGGCAAGAAGAACAGGGGCAAGGGGAAGGAGCGACCUUGCGACGCAGCGCCUUCAUGUCUUCUCAUAGCUUUGCAGUCCAACACGGGCCUCAUCGCCUUCAUGCGGACCUACUUCCGGUACCUGUCCGAGGGGCAGGCCAGGCGCUACCUCCGCCUGGCCGGCGCCGACCUCGCCGUCGCCGUCCAGCUCGGCGAGCACCAGCAGUUCACUCCACACGCCACCACCGGCGCCCCCCGCGACCUCUGCAGCGGCAGGACCCAGUACGCCCUCAAGGUCGCCGCGGCCAGAGCGGAGCACCCCGUGCCCGACGACCUGGCGCUGCUCGCGAGGCUGCUCGUCCCCUUGAAUAAAGACCACGCCGCGCCCCUCGCCGCCGUGCUGGAGAAGGGGCGGCCUCUCAGCGUCGGCGACGUCAACGGCAUCCUGGAUUUCUUCCGGCUGCAGCACUGCGCGGCCUCCCCUGCCGUCCAGGUCACCUUCCUCCGCAGCCCUCAGCCAGCGGACGCGGAGAUCAGGAGCUUGUUAUUUGGAGCAGAAGCAGCUGCCCACUUCUUCUGUCCCGUCGGCGAGAACCACGUCGCCGACGUCUUUAUCUCGUGUCGUGAUGAUGUACUACCUGUAUCUAGCAUCAGCGACUUGCGGACUCCAGACGAGAUGAAACACAAGUUAUCUGCCUCUCUGGAUGCCGCCGCCGCCACAAUUGCCAAGUGCAAGUGCACUCCUCCACCACCACCAUUGGCAAUUGGAAGAAGUGAUCGUCCUACUACCGCACCUUCCAUCACUGCACGCGAGUGUGAUCACACAAGGUAUCUGAAGGUAUGCCUCGUCGACACAAUCCAUGCUCUCUACAUCAAGGCUCUAUCGCUGCUGCCGCACAAGGCGCUCCACAGGCACCUCCGCGGCAUCCUGGUUGCAGGGCAUUGCUAUGGCCCCAUGGACCCUGCGUCCAACAUAAUUCUCAAUGCCAUCUGGUACGACACCGUAUUCCCUCAGCCGGAGAUGGAUGCUGGGUUUGAGCCGGACAUUCUCGACAGCGAAUCUAUGCUUCGCGUGGAGGUCCGCGCCCUCGAAAGCCUUGUUGCCUUGGUCUCCACAGCCACUGGCUUUUCGGAACACAUGGCCGUCGAAUACCUUUGCUACAAGCAGUGCGACCUAUCUGCGGUGUUACAGAUGGCAACAGAGGAGGUGCGCUAUAAGUUUUAUGUUUCUGCAGGCCAAGCUGGAAAACACCCCAAGCAUUUGGAGCUUGCAUCAUUUCUCAUGUCCAUGGCCCAUAAUGCCCUAAAGGACACCCUGCUGACCGACAAAGCAAUGAGGAAAGGCUAUAUCAUUUCUGAUGCAGUUCUGGAGCAAGUGUACAAAAUAAUGGAAGGUCAAAGCUCAUCCAUUUCACCAUCACUUGAUCAUCCUAGCCUAUGCCCACCAGCCUGGAAGAUGCUAGCAUCUAGGAAGGAUGAAUUUGUCAAGAAGCAGAAGUUCCUUGGUCGAGUCUUGGGAGAAUUGCUUGUUGACUACUCGAAUCAGCAUCCUUGGGAACCUGUUCCGAGGCUAGAUGUGAUAUGUGGUGUUAAGAAAGACUACAGCAGGCAUUCAAAGUUCUACCAUGUCAAUUUCUUGGUGUACUAUGAUGAUGUUUCUUCAGCCCGUGUGCUCUUUUUUGCUGAAGUCUGGGUGUCGAGCUUUCAGGCCAAACCUAGCACAUCUGUGAAUCUGGUAAAUGGACCAUGUAUUAGAUAUGGUCGCCAAGUUGAAUCUAAUGUGCCGUUCACCAAGGUUUAUAGUAUAUCUAGAAAGGAAUCAGAAACUUCAUUUUGUUGUCCACUACCUUAUUACAGUCCGGAUCAUCCAUACCUUGGACGUUGCACUUCUUGUGAGCCUAUUUCGUGCAAAAUUGUCCAUCCACCAUCUGGGAAUCAUACCGGGGCAAACUACAGUCAACUUGGAGAACUCUUUCAAUAUUUGAAUUUUCGUGAUUAUAAGCCUUCUGCUGCGGAUAGCAUAACGGAGUCAGAUUUUGUAUACUUUGAUUCUCAUAGGGACACCAAGUUUGCAGAAGGUCUCAAUGACAGAAGCUCUUUGGCGAAGAAGAAGGCGCUGAUCAUCCGCUGAUCCUAAUUAGGUGGAGGAAUAGUUGUUUGCACUGUGCCAAAGGAACCUUGCAAGCCCGAAAUCGCCAACAUGAGCAACCAUGUCAUCGUCCAGGAUAAUAUUGCUUGGCUUGAGGUCACAGUGAACAAUUGGAAAUGGCUUGUGGUGAUGUAAAUAGUCGAGUGCAGAGGCCACAUCCAUGGCAAUUUGGAGUCUCUCGAUGAGAUCUAGCACCUUAGGUUCAUUAUCUUCCUCAAGAUGCUUGUAUAACCACUGAUCUAGAUUACCAUUUGGCAGAAACUCAAAUACAAGAGCCUUGAAGUCACCACCUCGGGAGUCAAUACUGGAGCACACUGUUAUAACCUUCACAAGGUUCCGAUGGCGAAUACAUCUCAAAGCCUCACAUUCUGCUUCGAAACUCCGUGAUGCGCCAGCUUGUUGCAGGUUGAGUACCUUCACUGCAACCACAACUUGUUGGCCAGAAAUUUCCAUUCUUCCCUUGUAUACUGCACCAAAGCUGCCUACCCCAAUGAGGUUCUCUGAUGUGAAACCAUCGGUUGCCCUGGCCAAUUCAGCAUAAGAAACUCUGGUGUGUUCCUUAUUGGAGAAAGAGAUCUGUGGCUUUGCUCUUCUUA